GGGUAGGGUAGGGGUAGGGUAGGGGUAGGGCAGGGGUAGGGUAGGGGUAGGGUAGGGGUAGGGCAGGGUUAGAGGUAAAGAAGGGUAGAGUAGGGAUAGAGAACAAGUGCACUUAUGUCAAAACGAAGCUUGACCGGGUCCGCUAGUAUGAUAGAUACUAUAGAUACCUACUACAAACCACCGCAAAAAACAAUCACCAAACAAAACAAUGCCAACAGAAAACAGAUAAAUAAUAUGCACAAAAAAACCAAAUAUUAUCAAAUUUACGUUUAUUUCGGACUAUUAAUAUACCUAAUGCCAAUUUAUAAGAUAUAUACAAAUGGGUUGACAAGUCUUUCCCUCCGUUUAUCCACCGGGAAUAUUAUAUCCACCGACGUGCCCAUGCGCGGUGAGUGGAUAAAACGAGUGUGGGGGAUAAACGUUUUAUCCUCUCCCCGUGGAUAAAUUUCUCCCUUGCCCGUGCUAGCCCUGCUGGAGGGGUCCAGUUCUCCAAGCAUAGUGAUGAUGGUUCGUAGACGGAUUGAAAGAACUCCGAGAACAUAUUACAUAUGUUAUCUGGAUCGCUAGAUUGUGUGGACUUAUACUUCAUUGUAGAAGGUAUUCCAGAUUUACCUUUGCGGUUGGCAACAUAUGUGAAAAAAUACUUGAUAUUCGAACGCACGCUAUCCUCCACCGACUUUUUAUAAGUGGCAAAGCAUUUCGAACACUGGGUACUAAAUCUUUUCCUGAAGAUUGAAAAUGUUUCAUAGUCAGAGAUAUUGUUGUACUUUUUCCAUUUUAUCCAGGCAUUGUUUUUAUUUUUAAAUAUACGAAUGAGUGAAGGAGAGAACCAAGUUGGAUAUUUGGCACGAGUUACUUUUAAGGGUACGUGUAAUUUUAUAAUACUAUAAAUUUGUUCAUAGAAAAUUUCAAGUAUUUUCUCGGAGUUCUUGUCUAGAAAUAGUUCCUCCCAUGGUAUCGCUUUGAUAUUUUCGUUGAUGGCUUCAAAAUUAGCCUGUCUAUAAUUAUAACGGGGAACAUUAUUCUGAAUGAUAGGAAGGCCUAGUUCGGCUAUUUUUAUUAUGAGCGGUGGAUGGUGAAUUGAUUCAUUAAGUAGGGGAACGUCAGGUUUUUCAACGGUACAAUCGCUAGAUGAUAAAACUAGGUCUAGGAUUCUGCCUUGGUUAUAAGAAUUGCGAAUAGUAUUGUAUUGAGCGGCGUUUAACGUUGACAAAAAAUUCAACAUUUCUAAGGGCAUAAACUGCGUUACGCGUGUGUACGCACGUGAGCACGUCGCGGGCCACGCUUCUGGUGCACGCACGUGAGCACGUUCGCGUGCUUAUGCGCGGGCAUCGGCGCGUGCAUCCGCGUCGCAGUUUUCUCAGUACAAUUUUGACGUUGGAGGUGUACAGUCGAGUAAUUAUGGAUAAAUUAAUGUUGUAUUAUUUAUCAAGACGACGGCGACGACGAAUUGCCAAAAAAAGACGCCAGCCAGUAAGCCCGUACGUUGAAUCUAGGUUACUGUGCGGGGAAUUCGUGGUGAAGUUUGGUAUAUUAAGAGAAAAUGAAAGGUUUUUUUUCAAAUAUUUUAAAGUUUCAUUACAAGUCUAUGAUGAAUUAUAUUCAAAACUGGAGCCCUAUUUGAAGACUAACAAUCUACGAUUGAAAUCUACGUCAAUCGUAUCACCAAUGGAACGAUUUGCAAUGACAUUGCGAUAUUUAGUCAGUGGACAUACCUUCGUCGAUAUUCAUCUGGCGUAUCAUACAGGACUAACCACGGUCAGAAAAAUAGUAACAGAAGUUUGUCAAAUUAUAAUUGAAAGGUUAAAGGAAGAAUGUAUACCAAAAUUUUCCCGUGCGCUAUGGGAAGAGACUGAAAAAGGUUUUUUAACGCAAGCCCAGUUUCCUAACUGCAUAGGUGCAAUAGACGGAAAACAUAUACGCAUUAUAAGACCUCCACAUAGUGGUUCCCUCUAUUACAACUAUAAGCAUUACUAUUCUAUUGUACUGCUUGCAAUGUGUAACGCCAACUAUGAGUUUACCUAUAUAAACGUGGGAGUGCAGGGUAAAGAAUCUGACUCCGCAAUUUUCACACAAAGCCGAUUGUACGAACAAAUCAACAAUGACUUAAUAGAUAUUCCUCCUGCCAAAGCAUUGCCCGUAAUACACAAUGAUAAACCAACAAACAUUGCUGCAACCGCAGCUUUGCCCUAUAUUAUUGUAGGAGAUGAAGCAUUUGGGUUAUCUAGCCAUGUCAUGCGGCCAUAUGCUCGAGCUCUCGAUUUAAACUACAAAAAAAAAAUAUUCAAUUAUAGGUUAACGAGAGCGCGACGUUAUAUUGAGUGUACAUUUGGUAUCAUGGCUAAUAAAUUUCGCAUACUCCAUCGUCCAUUGAACGUUGGAAAAGACAAAGCAAUUUGUUUUCUUAAAACAAUUUGUAUUUUGCAUAAUUUUAUAAGAUCAAGAAGUCAAAUUAAUGACUUUCAUGAUAUUGUCAUUAUACCAGACCAUAUACGUUCAGUUCGGGGGUUAAUUGGAAAUACCCACAGAGAUUCGUAUACAUUACGCGAUAACUUCGCAGAUUAUUUCGUUGCAGACGGACAGCUGUCAUGGCAAGAUCGCAGUAUUUAUUGAAGAUAGUUGGCUUUUUUAACCGACUUCAAAAAGGAGGAGGUUAUCAAUUCGUCGGAAUCUUUUUUUUUUU